CCGGUCGCCGGUCUCGAUAUAUUGAGCCGGCAGUUGGCACAGCCAAACCUACCCCCUGGCAUAUCUCGUAAAUGCCACCAUGAAUCUGUUUCUGACCCAGAUCCCUCGCCGGCCGGCCGGCGCUAUUCGAGCAGCGUCGGUCAUGACCUGCCGACGAAAGCUCACAAACUCAGGCUCGCGCCCCCUCGCCUCGAUCCAGCAGCAGGCCACAACACCAAGUACGCCCAACAGGGCACCGCCCACCGCAGUCCAGUCCCUCGGCAAGACCAAAUCAGGCCGCGACUUGCGCAUACGCAGCUACCCACGCUUCGCCACCCUCGCGGAGGAGCGGCAAUACCGCAAGGAGCACCUCGCAGCCGCCUUCCGGGUGUUCGCAGACCGCGGCUACGACGAAGGGGUUGCAGGCCACAUCUCCGUGCGCGACCCGAUUCUCACAGACCACUUCUGGCUGAACCCCCUCUCCGCACACUUCAGCCAGAUCCGCGUGUCAGAUCUGAUCCUGGUCGACGAGGACGGUGCCAUUGUCGAGGGCGACGAGCCGAUCAACACCGCGGCCUUCACAAUCCACAGCGCCAUCCACAAGGGCCGCCCAGACGUCCAUGCGGCGUGCCAUGCGCAUAGCGUCCACGGAAAGGCGUUUAGUGCCUUUGGGCGGGAGCUGGAGAUGAUCACGCAGGACUCCCUGCGGUUCUAUCGGAGCCACGCUGUGUAUCGGCAUUUUGGGGGCGUGGUCGUUGAUGCGGACGAGGGAGCGAGGAUUGCGGCUGCGUUAGGGAACGGCAAGGCUGUCAUAUUGCAAAAUCACGGGCUCCUGACUGUGGGUCAGAGUGUUGAUGAGGCUGCCUUUUGGUUCAUGUCACUGGACCGGACUUGUCAGGCGCAACUGUUGGCGGAUGCGGCUGCUGCGGCUGGGUAUGAGAAGGUUCUGAUCGAUGAGGACGAGUGUAAAUUCUCGGCGCAGAGCGUGGGCGGGCCGGAGAAGGGGUGGCUGGCCUUCCAGCCGUAUUACGACGAGAUGCUGGCCAAGACGAAGGGGGACUUCCUGAAGUGAGGCUGUGCCACUGCCCAUGAAGAGCUGGAUGAACGAUGUACUCACCUGGGCAGCGAGAUAUGGCUCGUUAUGUUCAUCGAGUCAGAUCCAUGGCAUAGAUUAUUUCAUAAUCUUUGUCCCCCGGUAUCUAGGUGGUACAACUGUCCGCCAGUUUGAUAAGAAGCACUUGACUUGUUUGCCGCCCUUAAGUAGUUUC